GGGGGGUUUCGUGGAAUUAUACCAAAACACCAUUCUCUUUCAAGCAUUCUUAUUUAUCGAUUUUCUCACGGCAGGAACAAAUUGGUUCGCUUCGGAGGUAGUAGAUUGAACACACAAACCCUAACAGGAAACCCUAGAUCGUCCGGCGAGGAGAAACAGAGAUGUCGCAUUUUGGUAGAGCGGGCCCUCCAGAUAUCACAGAUACCUAUUCGCUUCUCGUGUUUAACAUCACUUUCCGUACCACUGCUGAUGAUUUGUUCCCUCUUUUUGAUAAAUAUGGGAAAGUGGUUGAUGUUUUCAUCCCUAGAGAUCGCAGGACUGGAGAUUCUCGUGGGUUUGCCUUUGUUCGAUACAAAUAUGCAGAUGAAGCACAAAAGGCAGUUGAAAAGCUUGAUGGAAGAGUUGUUGAUGGAAGAGAGAUGAUGGUUCAAUUCGCCAAAUAUGGGCCUAAUGCUGAAAAAAUUCACAAGGGAAGGAUACUUGAACCAGUAGAAAAGCUGAAGGGUGGAUCAAGGAGCCGAAGUCCAAGACCAAGUUCCAGGUAUAGAGAUGAAUACAGGGGCUACAGGAGGAGAAGUCGCAGCAGAAGCAGGGACAGGGACAGAUAUUAUGGCAGGGACAGAGAUCGUUACAGAAGUAGGAGUAGGAGCCCUGAUUAUCAUAGAAGACACAGGAGGGGUAGAUAUGAUGAUGAUGAUUAUGAUGAUGAUAGAAGCCCAAGUAGGUCUCCUGUAAGAAGCAGGUCUACUCCUCCACGUAGGACACCUUCUAGAAGCAGAAGCCCAGUAGGUGGAGGAAAUGAGAAAGCAUCACCACCCCAUGCCCAUGGUAGAGCUGAUUCCAGAAGCCCUUUGCAGCGUUCUGAUUCCGAUGAAUAUCGACUGAAAUAAGGUUUGAAAGAUGGGUUUUUGAAGUAGUUUGCUGGUUGGUGCAUCGUAUUGUUAAGUGUUGAUGUUGAUGUUGCUGUGGGGGAGAGAUGAGAUUGUUGAUGCUGUUGGUGUCUUUUUGUUACCUGAAUUCAGCUUAUGAGAGUGGAGUUUUAGUUGGUUGCUGAGAAUGAGAUGAUCAUGAUCAUGAUACAUUAGUUGAUGAUGAUGAUGAUGAUGAUGAUGAUAGCUAUGAGAUGUUGUCAUCCUUUGGUAGCUGUGUAGCAGAGCCUAAUAAUCAAUCUCAUUAUUCUUCAAGGUUAGAAGUCCAUGAUUUGAUAUAUGAUAAUGAUAUGCUUCUCCUUUUUUAAAAAAAAGUCUUUCUACAUAUGCAUGUAUCUUUAAGGAAAAUUGCAGUAAAUAGCAGGUUUUACAGGUUACAACAUGGAUUUUCAAAGAAGAGUAACCUGUAAACCUUGUUGUAGAAAGUCAUAAGACAUUUAGAACAGCAUUAUUAAUUACUUAUUCUUUCAGACAUUAAUAUGACAAAAAUGACUUAUCAAGUACAUACAAAAAUAGUUGGUUGCCAAUUCAUGAUACAUUAAUCCCAAAUAGCAAAAUGAAUUGGUAAUUUUUGUGCCAGUGUUGAAACUAAUAUAUCAUAUCUUUUGAGUUUGUACAACUUUUGUUGAUUUGAAUUGAGGCAACAAGAAGCAAUUUGCUUUUCAUGUAAUGAUGAGAUUAUAUGAAUUUUUGCAUAUUGUUUGAUCUCUUUUGUUAGUUAAAUUGUUUUACUUAUUUGUAUGUUUGUUCGUUAAAUUGUUUUACCAUAUCAGUGUC